AUGUCUCAAUUUCAUCCUCCUACCUCUGCUGAUACAGCGCCUCGCAUCGAUGAUUUAAUGGGCUUACGCACGCCGCGCCGUAGACGGGAUCGCGGCAACGCAAUCAAAGUCAAAAAGAGCGACGAUGGCAAGAAGAGUCUGCUGGAGGCUAUUUUUCCCAAAAAGAAAUGUCCUCACAGUAGCGCCGGGACGCUUUUUGGAUCCCCGAUUAUUAAAAAACGAC